AUGACAAACUAUGCCGUUGCUGCCCAUCCAUAUGCUGGACCAGCAGUGGAUCCUGCUGGUCAUGAGCCAGAUUCUACUUCCCAUACGCCAGAGGCCGACGAUGCUUCAAAGAAGAGAAAGACUACGAAACGAAGAAAGGUUAACCACGCGUGUCUUUAUUGUCGACGUAGUCAUAUGACUUGCGAUGAAGGCAGACCCUGCCAACGCUGUAUUAAGCGUGAGAUUGGCCAUCUUUGCCAUGAUGAGCAGCGACCAUCAAAGACUGGUGGGAAGCAGAGUUCUGAUGCUAUUCCAACUGGUUCGUCAAACGGUCUUGAUCCUGCAAGGUCGAUGGCUCAGCCCAUCUAUGGUUCAACAAUGCCUCCUCCAGCGACCACCGCAUGGCCAAUGAGUGUUCCUUCGGGCGCAUUCCUGUAUCAGCCCGAAACUUUGGGCAACGAAUUUUCAGUCCUCACUGACUUCCUAGAAACUCUUGACGAGGGAUCUUUCUUCACGACAUCUCCAGCAGUGACCCCCUCUCUCAUGCCUGCUCCCGCAUUCUCUCAAGCCACUCCCUACAUCUCAAAUUCUGCUUCUGCUGCUGAAACGACAUCCAAUUCUCCAGCACAACCCCCUGAGGCGCCUGCUGAAGAGCCUACACCCCCUCUUUUACCGUCUGCCACCAAGACCGAAAACAAAUACGAGGCAGGUCUACUCAAACCGUAUGAUUAUGUCAAGGGCUAUGCACGAUUGUCGAGGUGGAUGGAUCGCAAUGUGUCUCGACAAUCGAAGCAGCAAAUUCUGCAACCAUUGUCUGUGCUACGACCUAAGUUCCGAGCUGUUGCGCAAUCCCUCCGUGAUAUCGACCUCGUAUUCAUAGAAGAGGCCUUCGAGCGAUUACUUCUUGACUACGACCGUGUCUUCUCGGCUAUGGGUGUCCCAGCGUGUCUCUGGCGCCGAACAGGUGAAAUCUAUAAAGGAAACCGUGAGUUUUCAGAACUCGUAGGCGUCGAUGGAUACAUGAUGCGAGACGGCCGCCUUUGUAUCUACGAACUUAUGGCAGAAGAGUCGGCAGUCAAUUACUGGGAGAAAUACGGCCAUGUCGCUUUUGACUCUUCUCAGAAGGCCGUACUCACUUCUUGCGUGCUACGUUAUAAACCCCUUAUCAACACACAGUCGCAAACACCAAAAAAGGAGGAUGUCCCCAAUGAGGAGGGCUUCGUAAACUGCUGUUUCUCAUUCACCAUCAGGCGGGAUAAGUGGGGUAUACCGAGUAUGAUCGUUGGAAAUUUCAUCAAGUGCUGA